UUUAAAGCCGACCGUAAACAGAAAGCGGAAACAAUAGAGAACCACAUACACACACCCUUGUCUUGGCGAUCUACUCAGGGAAAUAAAAUACCUUUACCUUUUAAGCAAUACUAUUAAAUAGACAUCUAAAGAAAAUACGAAGUCGACGAGUACUUGGGGGCAUUUGACUAAGUCGGUCACCAUGGCACUGAAAAGAAUACAGAAGGAGCUUCAUGACCUGCAGAGGGAUCCGCCAGCACAGUGCUCUGCUGGACCCGUGGGAGAGGACUUGUUCCAUUGGCAAGCAACAAUAAUGGGGCCAGGUGAUAGUCCAUACCAAAGUGGUGUCUUCUUUCUCACAAUCCACUUCCCCACCGACUAUCCCUUCAAGCCACCAAAGGUAGCAUUCACAACAAAGAUCUAUCAUCCAAAUAUCAACAGUAACGGGAGCAUCUGCUUGGACAUCUUGCGAUCCCAGUGGUCUCCAGCAUUAACUGUAUCAAAAGUUCUGUUGUCCAUAUGUUCGUUGCUUUGUGACCCAAACCCGGACGACCCCUUAGUUCCAGACAUAGCACAGAUCUACAAACUAGACAAAGAGAAAUACAACAGACUAGCAAGAGAUUGGACUCAGAAGUAUGCAAUGUAAAGGCCCUCCUGAAGAUUUUUUUUUUAAGUCACAAAACACUGUAUAUUCUGGUAAUAGAAAGUAAACUUAGGUGAUAUGGAACACA